AUGGGAUAUUUGCCUGGAGGGCCUGGAGGAUUUGGAUCUGGAGGUCCUUGGAGUCCAUGUUCACCUUUUGGACCUUGUGGGCCUUGUGGACCUCAAGCCUGUAGCCCGUGUGGCGCUGGUCCAUGUGGACCAUGCCUGGGUGGGCCGUGUCCUGGUCAACCCUGUGCGGGAUUGAGACCUCGAAGUAUGGUGACUCCAGCUACGUUGGCGUCCAUGUCACCUCCCAUGCAGAAACAACUCUUGGGAGAGAAACUCUACAGCGAGAUUGCUCCACUAAAUCCGGCUCAUGCUGGCAAAAUCACUGGCAUGAUGCUGGAGAAGUUGCAGACUGGUGUUGUUCGCACCAAUUGUGUGGAUUGUUUGGAUCGUACCAACGUGCUGCAAUUUUUCGUUGGCCUCGAAGUACUCAAACAACAGCUGACAGCGAUGAGCUGGCUGCCGGAGCCGAAGAUGGACUUUGAAUGUCAGGCGGUGCUGGUUCUCAGCGAACUUUAUGAUGUGAUGGGAGAUCAUUUGGCCUUGCAGUAUGCUGGUUCCGUCGCUCACAAGAAGUAUCAGGCUUUUGACAUCAAUUCAUCGUCACUACAACAACUCCUUCACAGACAGAGAAAAGCAGGCCUGUUGCACGGGAAGGGCACUGAUAACCUGCGUCCUUUGCUGGCUGAUGAACUACUCAUUCAGUACAUUUCUGAGUCCCACACUUUGCUUGAAGCUGCAUUGAAGCGCAAAGCACAAGGCAUGCCUGAACCUCUUUCUUGGACUUUAUCAGCCUGCAAAGCACCCACCUAUGGAGAAAUUGGACUGCACUUGCCCAAGGAUGCUUGA